AUGCUGCUGGUACUGAGAGUGUUUCUGUUCCUGGGACUCGUCUCCCUGCUGAGCGCUUCCAAAAGAAGCCGGGAGGUCUCGGUGCAGGGGACUGGACCGAGAGGGAGGACUGUGAGACUGGUUCUGGACCCUUCAGUGAAGUCCUACCUCUACAGCCAAUCUGCUUUGAACCUUGCCAACGCGUCUCUGUCGCCGUGGAUUUACACAAACUCCAUGAAUGCGUCUCGUUUCCCUGAGCGGAUCUCCCAGGCCAAAUGCCAGACGUCUGGCUGCCUGAGCCUCCAGGGGGUCGAGGAGGAUUUAACUCUGGAAGCCAAGCCCAUCAAGUAUCAGGUCCUGGUCCUGCACAGAGUCCCAUGGCAAACUGCCCUUAAAAAGGGCGGGAAGAAGAAGUACGAGUACGUCCUGGGGACUGAAGUGAUCACGGUGGGCUGCACCUGCGUGAGACCCAGUGUUGUACCCCAACACUAA